UGGUGCUGAGGCUUCAUCCCCACCACGCUCAGCUCAGUGUGAUGUGACGGGGGCCGGGGUGGGCCUCAGGCUCUUGGGGUGUCCCUCGUGGGGACGGGGACGCGGUGGCACCCUGUGGCCCUGCGUCAGCGCUGCCGCGAGCUUCAAACCGCGGCGCCGGGGAGGAAGUGGGACCAGAGCCCGGCACCAUGGCGGAGCUGGAGCAGCUGCAGCAGCACAUCCUAUCGGGGCGGCAGGUCCUGCGCGAGCACCACUGCAACCUCCGCAGGGUCGCCGACUACUGCGAGAGCAACUACCUGCAGGCGAGCGACACGCGGAAGGCGCUGGAGGAGACGAUGGCGCUGAGCACCCAGUCCCUGGCCAGUGUCACCUACCAGGUCAGCAGCUUGGCCACCGCCUUCCUGCGGCUGCUGGACCUGCAGGCGGCCGAGCUGCGCAAGGUGGAGGCUGACAUCAGCUGCGUGGCCCAGAGGGUUGACAUACACAAGGAGAAGGUUUCCCGCCGGGAGAUCGGCUCUUUGACCAUCAGCAAGAGGUUCCCGUCCUGCCAGAAGGUUGUGCCUCCCCCCAGCCCGCCCUGCCUGGAGCCCUACUACAGGAAACCCCUCAACUUCAGCGUCCUGGACCACAUCGGCCAUGGCAUAAAGGACCACAGCACCGAGUUGUCCCGCACCGGCACCCUGGCUCGGAAGGGGAUCAAUUCGUCGGUGCAGGCUGUGGGCACCCUGGGGAGGAGCACCCGUGUCCCUGAGCCCAUCCAGCCGCCUGUGGUUCCCGAGGGCAAGCUCUCCGCGGCCUCCUCCACCUCCUCGCUGGUCUCCACCAGCUCCAGCGGGGCUCCCGGUGAAGGCAUCAUCCCCCCCCCCCCACCGCCACCACCGUCCCUGCCAGGACCAUGCCCAGCGCCCGCCGCUGCCAUCCCACCACCGCCACCGCUCCCCGGGGACCUGGAUGUGCUCCCGCUGGACAUCCUGCCCCCAGCCCCCGUUGACCUCGAGCUGCCGCCACCGCCGCCUCCAGCUCUGCCUGAUUUUGAGGACAUGGUCCCACCGCCGCCCCCCGCUGCAGAGGACCCCCCCUGGGCCCCGGAGAACUACCUGGAGAGAGUGGUGGCCCUCUACCCCUACACGCAGCAGAAGGACAACGAGCUCUCCUUCCAGCCCGGCGCCCUCCUCUUCGUCACCCGGCGGUACUCGGAUGGCUGGUGCGAGGGUGUCAUGGGCGAGGAAGCGGGAUUCUUCCCUGGCAACUACGUGGAGCCAUUGUGAGCCCCCUGCAUUCCCAUCAGGAAUCAUCCCCACCUGGAUCAGUUCCUGCUCAGCCAGGGCUGUGCUUUGCCUUGGAAUCUGGCUUUGCUCAGCCCUUGUGUGGGCUCCCCGGCAUCCCCCAGCACCCAGAGCAUCCCCCAGCACCCAGGGCAACCCCUGCCCUUUCCUUUGUGUGUUUGAUGGCAGCAGCACUGGUCGCUGCUGGUACUGGGAAGGUUUAGCACAGGGAUGGCCUCAGCUGAUGGAAACGUUGGUCCCCAUGGGCUGAUGCUGGUGAUGCUCCCAGCCCCAGGAACCUGCUGGCCAUUCCCCAUCAGCUCGAGUCACACAAUCCCAGCCUGGUUUGGGUUGAAGGGACCUUAAAGCUCCUCCAGCUCCAACCCCUGCCACAGGCGGGGACACCUUCCACUAGAGCAGGUUGCUCCAAGCCCCUGUGUCCAACCUGGCCUUGAACACUGCCAGGGAUGGGGCAGCCUCAGCUUCUCUGGGCACCCUGUGUCAGUGGCUGUUGAGAUGCAGAAAGGGAUGAGCCCAGGACCCAAUCCUCCACCAAAGGGGUGCCCAGAGGGUUCCCUCCUGCAGAGCAUCGCUUGUAGCCUGGCCCCACUCUGCUGCUCCCCCUCCAUCACCAUCCCCUCCCUUUCACCAGCCCAAGGAAGAGAAACAACACGUACGUGCAACUCGGAGCUGUUUCACACCCAGGUUUAUGUCCUGGCUACAAACAACUUGUGUAUCUGCAAUAUAUAGAUAUAGCUAUC